AUGUCAUCUACAUCCAACCUCACCGAUAUGGACAUCGUCGCUCUUAAAAGCAAAAUUCAAGAGCACUGCGACGGCAUGCGAAGGCUCAUCGACACAGCUCCGGCCGAGCGCUAUGACGCGCUGUAUGAAGAAGAAGAAGACUGGUGCCGGCGCUGGACGGAACUUUUUAGCGCGCUCAUAGGUUGCCUCAACCUCGCGAGGAAGACAACCCUCCCGCUCGACUUGACCGUCGGGGAAAGGGGGUUAUGUGCGCAAGCCAUGCACAAACACCAGGCGUUUCAGCGUAAAAUCCGCGAAAUCACGAACGCGGCGGCGAGGCAGGCAGAUGCAGAUGCAGCUGCCCUGCCACCACAGGAGGAGGUUGUCGAGCCGGCUGAUACAAGAUGUAUCAUUGUCCAGCGCAAGAAGGAGAUUCCGAUCCCCGUUGACUCGGUCACGGACGGCUCCACGACCUCCGUUCCUAAGACGGUGAGGAAAGUUAAGCUGAUUGUAAAGAAACUGACCACCGAUCCCAACAUACAUCAGGAGGUCAAACCCGGUCCAUGCGACCGUUGUGCCAAGGCGGAUCGCCCAUGCGAGCCCAACACUGCAGGCAUUGCUUGCGCCGCCUGCAAGCGGCUCAAGGCCAGAUGUUCUCUCGUCGUCGCCGCUGAUCCCUUGAGUGAAGAGAAUAUCAAGGCAAAGGCGACGCCCACGCCGGCUCCAGCGGCUCCAACGGCUGCCGGUCACUCACGCAAGCUGAUCCCAUAUGUUCUGCUCCCAAGCAGUCGCAGCCUCUUUAACAACGGUCGCAAGAGAAAGAUGGCCGAAAUCGAGGAGGAGGAAGUAUCGGAAAGUGAAGAAGAGGAUGCCUUCUUGGCGGGAAGAAUUCAAGCAUUGCCCGGCUACAUCUCCAUUGUUGAGACGGCCCUCGCUGCAUUAAAAAAAGAAUACUAUGCCUGUGAGACGGCUCACUUUGGGGACCGGUCCUCUGAAGAUCAUUUUUCAAUCACCUUCAAUCACCCAGCCGUGAGACUGCGGCUCCCAUUGGGGACCGCCGCAUCUGUCGAGAACGGAUGUCAAGCACAUGCCUACAAUGCGGCUCCCAUUGAGGACCGCUCCGGGCAAGCACACGCACCUGUGAAGCGGCUCCCAUUGGGGACCGCACCUAUCAAGCACACUGGUCAAGCACCCACCAGUGGGACGGCGCACCACACACCAAUUGUUCACUACACAGACGGCUCCCAAAGGAAGUCAAGAUCACUGACAGGCGCGGUCCCCCAUGGGAGCCGUCUCAUAGAUGCGGUCCCCAAUGGAAGCCGCCGCCUCACAGGUGCAUGUGCAUGGUGCGGUCCCCAAUUGGGGCCGUCUCACAGACUGCGGCUCCCAUUGGGGACCGCAUCUGUCAAGAACGGAUGUCAAGCAACCGACUUGCGAGACGGCUACCAAUGGGGACCGCUUCUGUGGUGGACAAUUGUCAAGCACCCACCUGUGAGACGGCUCCCAUUGGGGACCGCACCUAUCAAUCCGGACGGCUCCCAAAGGAAGUCAAGAUCACUGACAGGCGCGGUCCCCCAUGGGAGCCGUCUCACAGACCACGAGCAUAUGAUAUAUGUGCACCUUCCUAUGUCGUGGAUAACACGUGAGCCGCCUCACAGCCCGACGCGAUCAAGCAGUCCACUUGACAUCCGCGGCACCCAAUGGGAGCCGCCUAAGAUGCAGGUGGUUCGAAUGCUGAGUGAUCCAGUAAUUGACUUAACAGACACGGUCCCCGAUGGGAGCCGUCUCACAGAUGCGUGCUUGGCUGACACAAUGCCUAUUGGCGGCCGCCUGAUACGGGGGUCGUCUCUAUCUCUAUCAUGCGCUCUGUUUGUCUAA